UCCGUCGGAUGCAUCCGCGCUUUUCUACCUAAAAAAAUAUAUUUUACCAAAAAACCGGAACCAAAAUUACUAUUUUGUACCCGAAAUUUAUUUUUAUUGUGUAUUUUUGAGACUAUAAUAUUGAAUCUUGGAUGUUUUGUGUAAUAUUUUGUACAUUUCUACGUCUUGUUCGUACCCAAUCUCACGAAUGUUUUUUCACUGAAGCUGUUAUUAGAAUUUCGAGAAAAUGGCUCCCGUGAAAUUUGGGCUUUUCAAAGCUCGAAGCCGGGACCAGGAGCAGCCUUCCACUGAGAACUUGCUGUCUAGCGAUCAUGAUGUGGUUUUCUCCUCAGCCGCUCCCAGUUCUCCGAUCCCCACAACCAGUAAAGGUCUGGUAGAAGACCUCACGCCAGCAGACAUCGUGGACUUGCACCUCGACAGUGAUGAUGAAGACAUUUCCCAGAAAGCAACACCUAUGCGACGUAUCAGUGAGUGCAGUGGACAGGAAGAUAAUCAUAUGAAUUACCACCCUUUAAAAAACCAGACCUCCACCGACGCCACGUCAAUCUCAACACUCCAAGACUUUGACGAGCCUUAUUUGGAUCAGAACGAAGAUUUAGCUUUCGACGAUGGAGCAUCAACAUCUUGCGAUGCAAACUCUAUACAGUUCGAUGAGAGUUCAAUAGCACCGAGCGAAGACCUGUCGGUGUACUGUGGGACACUGAAGAAGCCGAAGAAAAGCAGGAGUAGGGAUAAAGAGGAACAGCAGAUGAGAGAUAUAGAUAUGUGGAGGGCUAGCAAUGUGGAAGUCAUGCAGAAUCUCCUCAGCAGAAGUGGUACCCUGGACGAGCAGAUCAAAUGGGAGGCCAUAGCGACGGCCCGGGGACUGUGCACGUUGACUGACAGCUGCACGUGCGGAGACUGCACCAGGGCGAAAUACUUGGCAGGAGUCACAGACGGCGAUGGUGGGCUCGGAGCAGCACCACUAUUCAACGCUAUAAGCGUGGGUUGUCAAAUACAAUGAAUUAUUUGGAUGACAUGCUCGUUUUCAAUCAGCCUUCAAAUCACGAGCUAUCGCGUCUUCGUGGAUUAUAAAACCGAAGAACAUCUAAAAUACGAGUUUUAAUACUUUUUCAUAAAAAUUACAUGGAAAAUAUUAAAUUUUUUAUCGACUUGAAUUUGGUGGAAUUCAAUGGCGAGAUCGAGGUCAUGUAUUUUUGGAAUCGUAUGUCGUUGUAUCGUAAUAAUUAUAUGGAAAGAGACUGCUUACACAGUACAUUAUAUAGUGUUUAUAUAAUAAUAAAUAUAAUUUCUAAAACAGAUACCUAAUUUAACUCAGUCGCCGAAUUGCGAUCCUUAUUGUUGUUCAAUUAUCUCCUGACUCACAAAACUUUUUAAGAAAAGUCUGUUUGUCAAAAAGUUUAACAUAACAGGAUUAUGUAAUUCUUUUUUACAAACUGACAACAUUUAUUUAUAUAGAAAAACUACUCCAAAUGUAUAUGUUUUUGUCAACCAAUUACUGUAACAUUUUUCAAUUUUGAAUUAAUUUUGAGCGUGAGGAAUUGACUUUUGGAAAGAAAUUACUUUAUAAUGGUAUAAUAAUUAGACCUGAAACUUCAGGUUCUAUUUAAGUAUAAGUAACUUUUAUAACAAUAAUCAAACGGUGUAACUUCAUCAAGUCUAAAAAAUAUAUGAAGGGAAAACUUGAUAGCUUAAAAAAUACAAACGAAACACAAAAUUGUAUAACUUCUUUUAAAAUGAAAUUAUAAAACUCUAAACUUUAUUCAGAUAUCAAACUUGCCAGAAUUUCGGAACGACCACGUGAAUACGUCAAUUAAAUUCCGAAAUUAGGUGAAAACAGCGCAUAAACCCUAUUCAUUAUUUUGUGACCUUUCUUUACGAAUUUUACGAGUUGUAUGUAAUAAAUUCGAGGCCUUGAAUUUUAUGAGCGCUGAUUGAUUGGGGUGAAAUAUAGGGCGUUUAAAUACUGAGAAAGAUUGCCGAGGCCAGUUCGUGUUAUGCAAUUAUUUCACAGACCGCCAUUUCCGAUGUUAGCAUUAUUUCUGUUGAUAUUUUCAGCUGAACUAUGUUUACUUAAAUGCCUUUAUUUAUUUCAGUUAAUGAACUGUUCCUCGUUUGUUUUAUUCUUUAAUCUUGUUAUAUUUAAUUAUAAUUUAUUAUUUAUUUUACGCGAUUUCGACAUUGAUAUUAUAUUUACGCCUAUUCAAUUGUUUUAAACUUAAAUAUAUGUUCUUUCUUUCCCAUUCCCGACUACUGAUUUGUGUCAAAGUAUAUUACCUACACAGCGUCAUAUGAUCUUAGUGUAUAAUUUAAUUAUAAGUACUAUCAUAAUUAAGAUUGUAGUGGAUUUAAUAUCAGUGUCUAUAGUCAAUUUAGAUAUAAUUAUGGCGUGCUUGGUAACAAAUACAAAAAUGUAUUUUGUAACACCAACCUAAAUAACGGUAUUUUUCUACAAAACGCGUAUCGCGCUCACUGGUUGGUUACAUUUUUAAUUGCAGUAGUAUAAGUAUUGGUGUUUAUAAACCUAAUGGCCUAGGUUAAACGCACAUUCGUAUUACACAUCAAAUAUUGAAAUAUAUUUCGAUUGUUGAAAGUAUUGAUGACAAGUCUAAAAUAUUUUCCUAAAAGGUUUUAACCAAGCACGCAGGUAAAAUGUAGGGUUGUAUUCACAAAGAAGUGAGUUUCAUGGCCUCUCAAUCCGCGUAAGACUGAUCUGUUUGUCACCUCUAUGUAUAAGUGUAGACCUAGUUCAUAUACCUACCUUCACUUUUAUCUCCCUAUUCAUCAAACACUUUAAGAUCAUCAUCAGUCAGUUCUUAUCCUUCAUUGCCAUCUUCAAACUUAGACAUUACAUCACUUGGAUAUAACGAAAAUACACCGACACAUAUAGCAAUGUGCCGCUGAGAAAUUUUCUGUUCUCAGAAAAAUCUGUCUCAAUUAGAAUUCUCGCAAGAGAAAUUCUCAUCGGAAUAUCACGAGAACAAACUGAAGAAAAUUUUCGGUGAAUUCCAUUGAAGCUCUUUUCUAGAAAGAAUCUAGAACCGAUGCUUUGCAAAUGGCAGUGUAUGUAAACACACUGCAAACAUGUCUACUGCAAAUUGUCGCUUAACCUUUCGUUGUCAUAACAAGUGAAAGAGAUAGCAAUAAUUCGUAGUAACAUGUACUUAGUCGGUAAAUUAUUGUUCUUUCGCUUGCUAAAUCAUACAAUUUCGUAUAAUAAUACGAAAAUGUAUGAUUUCGCAGAAAACAACGCGAUAUGUAUUUCUUGUACGCGCGGGCUAUAACACUUUUAUUAUAAUUAUAGAUUUUUAUGAGAUCACAUGAAACCACGUCUUCUUCGCCAUUGUCUUAUCGUCAGUCAAUUUCUCUCUUAUGGAAGAAGAAUUUCUUCCUAACUGUAAAGGCUGGUGCAAAACGAUCGCGCGCGCUUUUUUGUAUGAAAGGAAUCGUAAAUAAUGCCAUGAGGAGAAGGUGAUAUAUAUUUAUACGUUAAGUAAUGUACGGUAUAUAUGUGUACUUGGUAUGUAAAUAUAUGUGUUUAGAUAAAUAUAGGUACAGUUCUUCUAUUUUCACACGUUUUUAACUUCGAUUUUAAAACGAUAACGCAAAUAUUUUAAAAGUGAAAACUUUAAAUCAAUAAUGUGAAACAACUUUUAAAAAUUCACAAAUUCAAACUGAUGCUAUCUCUGUCUCGCUGAAUAUUAUAUCUAAGUUUAGACAAAGAUAGCAAUAAAGUUUGGUAAUUCGAUUUCCGUUGAGUUUUCAAAGUUAGAAUAAUUGUUAAAAUGAGAAGUAGAACUUACAUGUUUAAAUUUAAAUGUUUUUUUUUGCACCUAUAUGUGUUUGUUUGACAGACCAAGCCAUCCAAAAAUAGUUAUGUGUGAACCAUUUUAAUAAAAUGCUUCCUUUGUGACAAUUCGACCUCAGUGUCGUGUAUUUUAGAAAUAUUUUUCAAUUGUAUGAGCAGGAGUAUAGUGAUAAAUAUGUAGGUAUUUACUUUUAUAAUCUGUGGAUAUAACCUAGUCAUUAUAAGGGGUAUAUUGAUAGUAUACUUAUUAUUAAUUUC